AUGACGAACAACAAGCGAAACGGAUCGACUAUGAAAAUGAUCUGCGAGACCGGAAAUGAUGGAGAAAGUUACUUUGUUGAUGACUCUGUUGAUGCGCUCUGCCAGCGUACUCUGUGCUGUUAUUUAUAUGCAGCGGUGGCAUUGCAUUUACAAUCCAUCAUCCAUUUAUUGGAGUGGGUGCACACACGACCGGGCUGCUCUGCUCACACGGGAUUCGUCCUCCGGCGUCAGAGAGAGGAAAGCUUGUGCGUCCUUCUUCGUAUGGCGGAUGACGACGACGAUGAGGCGUUCGGAGGGUUCGCGUCCGCCGACACCUCGCAACCAGAAUUUCAAUUCAAGAGAGGCGCCACCGCUGACAACGACGACGACGACGAAUGGGGCGAUUUCGUGAAAUCCCCGCAGCUGUCACAGCCGGCCGACCUCUCUUUCACCGGAAAUCCCGUUUCCUCACCGCCGGCAUGGGUGAAGCCGAGUGGCGCUUUGCCGCUCUCGAUUUUCGGGGAUGCUGAUGAAGAGGAGGAGGAGAAUGAGAAGGUGGAAGUAGAAAAAUACAAUCAUGGUGUCUCCCUGGAUUUUAGUCCAACUUUAGCUCCAAAAGACACGUCAAAGCCUCGGGAUCUUGGUAUUAUCGAUAUCUAUAAUGGAUAUCCGGAGAUCAAGCCUGAUAGUGGAUCGGAUCCCAAUUCAUCUGGUGGUGCUGAUCCCAUCGAAAAUGGAUCUUAUUCGAACUCAAUUGGGAAUGCGGGUGGCUCAGCUGUUCCUGAGCUGAAUAAUGCGGGUUUUGAUGCGCUGGCGGAGAGUAGUGGCUACAACAAGUUCAGUUUGAAGCCUAACGUGCCAUUGGAUGCAAAUUCGAAUAGCGACUUGUUCUGGAUGCAGGGCUUUACUGGAUUUGGCUCUGGUUUGAAUUCUGCUAUUCCAAGUGUGCAGGAGUCUGGUUCGCGUUUAGAUGCUAAUGGUCAAGGGCAGCUGUUGGGCAGUACUGCUACUGCUGUUAAUGAUGAUGAUGGUGAUGAUGGAUGGGAAUUUAAGGAUGCAUUUUCAAAUUUUGGAACUGAAGAGCACAAUAAAGAUUGCUCAUUUGAUUUCCAUCCUGACAAAACUUAUCUGAAGGUUGAGCCAGUGGCGCAUGAAGUUUCUGAAAGAAGUUCAUACUCAUCUGCGAGCUUAAGAAACUCUAACAAACCACUUGAUUUGUUUGGGACUUCAAAUGGAUCAUUGAAUCUUUUUGAGACCUCAACUGAAUCUUCUGGUGUUGUUGCUACAUCCUGUGGUAUUUCUAGCACGUUCCAGGAAGUAGGCUUUGUUGGAAUUCAGCCAAAUGAGCUUACUUCAGUGGCAAACUCGUUUUUCGAUGAAAAUAACAAUAAAGCCACAUUAAAUCAUAGUAAGGAUGAUGGAAGUGAAGAGUUCGAUGAAGAUUUUGGUGAUUUUGCUGCUGCUCCUGCGGAAAAUGGACCGAAACCAGGAGUUGAGCCAGUGGCGCAUGAAGUUUCCGAAAGAAGUUCAUACUCAUCUGGGCUCGGAAGAAGCUCAAAUAAACCACUUGAUUUGUUUGGGACUUCAAAUGGAUCAUUGAAUCUUUUCGCGACCUCAACUGAAUCUUCUGGUGUUGUUGCUACAUCAAGUGGUAUUUCUAGCACGUUUCAGGCAGUAGGCUUGGUUGGAAUUCAGCCAAAUGAGCUUACUUCAGUGACAAACUCGUUUUUCAAUGAAAAUAACAGUAAAGCCACAUUAAAUUUUAUUAAGGAUGAUGGAAGUGAAGAAUUCGAUGAAGAUUUUGGUGAUUUUACUUCUGCUCCUGCGGAAAAUGGACUGAAACCUGGAGAAAUCUCUACCAAUGGUGUUCUUUAUCCUAAUGGUGCAGUAUCAGCACCAAAUAGCAAAGAACAGGUUGACUUAGUGGCGCAUGAAGUUUCUGAAAGGAGUACGUAUUCAUCUUGGAAUGGAAGUACACCUAACAAAUCACUUGAAGCAUUUGAGGGUUCAAAUGGAUCAUUCAACUUUGUUACAUCAUCAACUCCAUCAGCUAAUUCUGCUACCUCAAAUGCUAUUCAAAGCACUAUCCAAAAAGUAGAUUUUUUUGGUGUUCAGUCAAGUGUGGCAACUGGGGAUGGAUUUCCUUUGGAAACAAACUUAAUUAUUGAACAAGAUAAUUCUAGAGGUCUGUUAAAACAUAAUUCAGAUGUUGGAGAUGCAGAGUUUGAUGAAGAUUUUGGAGAGUUUACUGCUGCUUCAGCAGAAACUGAGCUAGAGCCAGAGGAAAAGGAUACAAAAGUGGAUUAUCUCACACAAGCCCUCCCUUUAACUUUUGGAAAUGAACAACCAGAAGCCGAUCUGUUUAAGCGCCAGUCUACUUCUGAUCAAAGAAACAGUCAAAUUCCUACUGCAACUAUUUCUGUCAACGAUUGGAUAUCAAGUUUGUACAGCCAACCAGAGCACACUUCUUCCAUAAACACUUUCCAAGAACCAGCCAAAACUCAGUUGUGCAUAUCUAAUGCAUUUUCCAGUUCCACAGUGGUAAAUCAUGAUGAUCAUCUUGAUGAAAGAUCCUGGAGUCAUAAGGAUGCUUUGGAGAAAAGGGUUGACAUUGGUGGCGAAGAUACAUCUUCAGAGCUGAAGCUGAAUAGUUACUUAGAUUUCUAUAUUAAAUUAAAGGAAGAGUUACUUUUUGUCGCCAAAUCCCAUUUUGGAAGAGUAAAGGAAGCUCAAAAUGAUGCUGCUCUUUCUGGUGAAGAUUCAACUGUUUCCUCUCUUGAUAGUGAAUUCCAGUUGGUCUGGAAAGAACUUGAUCAAAUGAACAUCUAUGGAGAAACUAAUCAGCAGGAUCACCAUCCUGGAGAUAAUAUGAAGGGAUUUGUUCAAGUAUUAGUAGAGCCACGGUUUCAAAUAAUUGAGUCAGAAUAUCACUUAUCAGAAAAGUUGUUGCUAGUGCAAAAGGAUCUGAGAUCUGUCGUGGAACUUAUACGACACACAAUCACCAUGCUUAAGAUUUUGACUAUUGGAAACAUAGAGGAACAGUUGGCAUAUAUAUCAUUAUGGUCCAAGAUGAUCUCUGCAUGUCUUCAAGAACUAAAACAUGGUGCAUUGAUCUGGAGUCAAGCUAAGGAGAAACAUGUUCAAAGACAGUUACUAACUGAACCUGAAGGAAGGGAAUUCUUUUGGGCCAUUGGGGAAAUCUACAGGGUGGUUGUUGUUCUUGGAGCUUCAGCCAAACUUUUCAAGCCAUGGACUCUAUUGAGUUCCGCAGACUUGCAGGGUAUCUAUAUUCUUUUAGACGAAUCCUAUGCUGUAUGGGCAACUUCAGGACUUGAAGAAGUCAUAUCAACUAUGUCUGCACCAAGACUGGAUGAUACUUCAUUGCUCGAGUCCAUCAAGCACAUCCUUAAUCUUGAUGAAUUUGAACUCCAGAAAUAUGUUUUUGCAGAAAACGAAUCUAGGUGUUGGCUGUCAAUCCUAACAGAAAAGGUGGCACCAGGCAUGAAGAUGGUAACAUGGGAAAACGAUGAAUGUUUUGUCACACUCGCAAAUCUGUGGGCAAAUUUGAUCAGCCGAAAUCCUCCAAAGUUGCCGCGGAAAUGUUUUGGCUGAUUUGGAGAAUUGAGUGAUAAAUCCAAUACCAUUGAUUGUUUUUUAAUCUUCUAGAACGUCUUUCUAGAUCUGUGUCCAGCAGUCAGUAUCAAGCAUGUUUGUACCAAGCUUCUUAUGAUUGCUUCUGUUGUGGCAAUACUAAGUUAUAUCAACAGGAUUAACAAGUCUGCUUGCUCGACUCAUUGGCGUUGGAUUGAGUUUGAUAACUGCAGAAUUAAGAUUGGAGUUGCUGAGAUGGUUUUGUCAGAGUGAUAAAAGGAAAAUCCUUCUAUAGGUCAUUCUUUAGUAUAUUAUUAAUACAGUGUAUUUGUGUGCCAAUGUGUAGUUUGUGUACAGGUUGACUGUGGGUGAAUUCCUAUAACAAUUUUGUGGCUUCCCUACACACUUUCAUCAGAAUUGUAAGUACCUAUAGUUAUUUAAUUUUUUAUACUAAGACAGGAAAAUUGUAUUNCUAA